AUGUCUAAAAAGAAACUGAAGAAAUUAACUGAAAAGGAAGACUGUUUGGAUGGCCAGGAUGACAAAAACUCUGAUGACACAAGAUCUUGUAACUGUACUAUGAAAGGAGAGACAGAAUUUCAGAGGUUCAAAAGAGAGAAAGAUGGGCAAGAGAAGAAGCGAGGCCAAAGUUCCAAUAUUUCUCAUGGUGCUGAUGGAAGAUCCCAAGGAAAAUCUCCAAACAGAAGCAAAACCACAGCCAAUUCUUUAAUCCAAACUGAAAAGCAAAAGAGAAUAGUUAUCCAAUUUAAAGCCAAAGAAAUUAAACAUGGAAAAAGUACACGCACUCCUGAUGUAGUGACUACUAUCAGAGAAAGUCAUAACAAAAGUCUUUUUGAUGGAACAGAAGGAAAAAGACUCUGGCAUAGCUUUGCAGUUCAGAGGGACAAGGCACUGAAGAAAAAGACAGAGAAAGUUGAGCUCUGCAAACUAAAGUUAAAAGCGGAACAAACUAUGUUGGAAAAAUUUAAGUCACCUGCGUACGAUUCAUGUGUACCACGUAAAAAGGCAGAUGGAUCAAAAAAAUGGAGUGAAGAUGUCAGAAUUCCAAAAAAGCCAUCUGACACCUCCACAAGGACUGUGGAUGAUGAUAGGCCUUUCACGAAGAAGUCAAAUAAGUUGUCUAGGACAUGGGAAGAAGAGUACGAAGAAGAGUAUAAGGAGUUUUCUAAGAAAAAACGGCAUGUGAAUAAACGUUCACCAUCACGCUAUUCAACUGAAACACCACAACGGUGGAGCUUUUGUAAACGGGAAAAACAGGAUGCUGAUUCUGAUAACACUGCUGGUAAUUCAGGGACUGAAGAAAGGGACUUUGAAGCCACAGCAUUAUGUUUUAAGCAGAAUUUUGAGGCCCCCUGCACGUCUGACUCAUACCAAGAAGAUGAGGACAUAAAGUCUGUCCAGAAGAGCUUUGAAAUCUUUCCACCCCUUCAAGACAGUCAGAACCCAGAAACAGAUGAAGAGAUGCAGAUAGUUGAAGAUUUGCACGUUGCUCGCGUUCAGAAGAGGAUGGCGCUCUCUGUAGUACAGACUUGUGGAGAACUUACAAGUAUGGAAAUAGAUCUUCCAGAACAGGAUUUAAAUAUUUCUGCUGAUGCUUUUACUUCUGGUCUGAGCAUUUUAGUGGUGAUUGACACAAAUAUAAUGAUUAGUCACCUUGAGUUUGUCAGAUCCCUGAAAUCUGAGGAUAUAGCAGGGGUUGGCAGACUUGCAUUAAUAAUUCCCUGGGUCGUUCUACAAGAGCUGGACAACUUGAAGAAGGGGAAAAUGUUGCAGCAUGUUCGGGACAAAGCUAUCCCUGCAGUCCAGUUCAUUUACACGUGUCUCAAAAACCAAGAUUCAAAACUGUGGGGGCAAUCCAUGCAGCUUGCUUCUCAAAAAAUGUAUGGCCUGAGUGACGAGAACAAUGACGAUCGUGUUUUGCAAUGUUGUCUGCAGUAUCAGAACCUCUUUCCUCAAGCUGUUGUCAUACUUUGCACGGAUGAUAAAAAUUUGUGUAAUAAAGCCAUUGUGAGUGAGGUCAAGGCGUUCUGCAAAGCUGAUUUGGUUACUGCUCUACAGAAUCUGAAUGUAAACAGGCAUCAGAACUGUGUUGAGCUGCAACAGUCAAAACGUGAUACCGAAUUUGAGAAAACAGAAGGAGGUGAUGCUAGUCUUACUGCGCGAUUCCCAAAUAUACUUCCAGACCUUGAGAGGAACUUGGGAGAAGCUUUGUCUUGUAUUUUGGAGACUGAAAUGAAAAUUGCGUUUGGAAACCUGUGGAUGGAGAUACUGUAUCUGAAGCCACCGUGGACAUUAGCAAACUUGCUGAAGUGUUACAAAAAGCACUGGAUGGCUGUUUUUGGUCACAUUGUGCCAAGAAGUCUACUUUCAACUGUUGAAUGUCUCUAUAAACACCUUUGUGCAG